AUGGCUACCCAGUGCCGUAGCUCUAAAUGCACGGCAGAAAGGAAAGGAUUCCGGCGGGAACUCGAUUCCUGGCGGCACAAAUUGGUCCACUGCGUAGGAUUUGAAAGUAUAUUAGAAGGGAUCUAUGGACCAAGGCUGCUCAGAGAUCUCAGUAUAUUUGACGACUGUGAACCAGAUGUGGUCAGUGACUGGUCAGUGGAUGCCAGCUGUUCUUUCUGCAAUCUACAAUUAGAGAAGCUCAGUGACCAUAUUCCCAUUGUCAGUUCACCUCAGUCGACUCCUACAGAAGAAACUCCUCCUCAGGGCCAGUCAAACACUGAGAAUAUUGAAUGCCACGCUGACAAAUUUCUCCAUGCAAUCUUUCGAAAGAAAGACCUUCCUCAGAGCUGUGAUCCGAACAUUCCCUUAGUUGCUCAGGAAUUAAUGAAAAAGAUGAUCCACCAAUUUGCCAUUGAAUAUGCUUCGAAAAGUCAGAUUGAAGGAGCAAAAAACGUCUCGUCCGUGGAUGUGGACCCAGAGUGCUGCAGUCUCCAGCACCCUCCAGAUCAGGAUGGACCCCUUGACCUCACUGUGAACAGAAACCAAGUGAAUGUUGAACAAGCAGAUGGGGUGCUUGAUCUCUCGAAAAAAAAUUGUGCCAGUUCUACAUUGUCAACUUCAACAACUGCAUCCACUAAUCAAAAAGCUUCAGGGAGACUGCAGAAAGAUGACUAUGUGGAAAGAAGCUCUGAGUUUUCGGAAGGUUUGCUCUCAAAAGCCUUGAAAGACAUUCAGUCAGGAUCGCUGGACGUUCACAAAGCAGCCAUACUUUACGGCAUACCUCAAAAAACAUUGCAUCUCCAGCUGGAAGCCUUAUCUGAAGGAAGACUGACGAUGUUGAAAAGCCUUCCCCAAGACGACGGGGUGGACCUGGUUGCGAAAAGCAGAGAAACUCGCCUUGUUUUGCAGAAGGUCGCCACCUGGGCCCGAGCUCAGGGGGAUCGUGCGGAGCUGGGUAAAUUUUGCCUGAUGGAAAAUUCGGAGCUGAAAUUUCCUGCAGCUUCUACUUACCUCCACCAACUAACCAUGCAGAGGAUGGUCUCUCAACUGAAAGAGAAGAACGAAAGCCUUUACUUUGAGAAUUCAAACAGUCCCACUGUAUGUUUAAAAAUCCCUCAGGUACGAGUCAGUUCUGUGCCCAAGUCCCAAGCCGACAUCGCCAGUCUUGUGGAUGUAAUGUAUCAAGUGUCGAAAGCUACAUCGUUGCCAGAGGGCUCGGCACUUCAAAAACUCAAAACCAUACUCCCUAAGCAGAACAAGGUGGAAUGUUCUGUACCUCUUCUUCACUCUGGUAUUGAAUCCUGCCUCAUGCAAGCUGAUCUUUCUCCGUUGUGUCUUAACUUGAAGAAUGGUUCUGUUGAAGAUGGCGCCGAUGAUCUGGACCGGAGAGAUAAACAGCGCAGGAAAAAGCGUGGCCGGUACCGUCAGUAUGAUCACGAUAUCCUGGAAGAAGCCAUCACCAUGGUAAUGAGCGGCAAAAUGAGCGUCUCUAAAGCACAAGGAAUAUACGGAGUACCUCACAGCACUUUAGAGUACAAAGUUAAAGAGCGGUCUGGGACACUGAAGACCCCACCGAAAAAGAAAUCCAGAUUUUCCGGAUCUGGGCCUUUGCGUAUAACCGAAUCAGGGACAAGCAGCUCCAAAAGGUUUUAGGCUGCAUUUUUUUUUCAAGUCUAACUUGAACACUUGAAUACUCAAAACAUAGACAGGAUACAUUAAGUGAACACUU